AUGUAAGAUUAUAGAGGUAAUUUCAAAAGAAUUGAAUUUGGAGUACAAUAGACUCCAGCUAAAUCAACUACAAAUAUGAAUGAUUUUCAGUCUUCAUAAAAAUUAAAAUAUGAACAAAUUAGCAAUAAACCUUAAUCAGUUAAUGUUAGUUUUGUUAAUGCUCCUGUUACAAUGGUAUCUAAAGAGUUAUUCACAUUAUAAAUACCAGUCAAAGUUAAAUAAUUAACUGAUGAUUGGAAUACAUAAUUAACAUUGAAAAUGAUAAUGUAAUCAAGUCAAUAAAUUCAUGGAUAAACAUUAAGAAUUGAAUUAACAGAUGAUGCAAACUUUUCGUUUUUACAAAUAUUAGAUUUAAAUGAGGCUGAAUUUUUAGCAUUAAAAAAUGAAUAAAGUUUACAUGUCGAUUUUGCUACAUUUCCAAUGAAAUUAGCAGAUUUAUUAUAAUUAUGUAUUAAUAGUUAGAGAGAUGAAAAAGUCAAGUAUAUUUCUAUAUUAAUAUUUUAGUUUCUAUGUUUGUUUGGAAACCAAGAAUGGAGAAUCUACACUUGCAGUAAUUGAAAAUAAUGAAUUUAAAAAAUUAACUCAUUUAUCAUUAAGAUUAAGAAGUGCAACUGAUGAUAUUCUUAAAUAUUUCUUAGCAAAUAAAUUAGCAAAUGAAAAAUAGGAAAAUGAAGAAUUACAUAAAAAAACUAAAAAAUUAACAGAAUAAUUAGAAGAUAAAUAAUGGGAAUUAGAGAAUUUGAAAUCUGAAGUAAGAAAAUUGACAGAAGAUAAUAAUGCAGUUCUUUAAUAAAUUUAAUUAGAUGAACAAAAAAAACUUAAUGACUUUAGAGAAUAAGUAUUAAGUAGAGAGACAAAUUUUAAAAGAGAAAGUGAAAAUGAAAAACAAUUUAUAAUUGAAAAAUAUGAAAAAAUUGUAUUUGAAUUGUAAAAUAAAUACACUUAAUUGCAAUAAACGAAUUAAGAAUUAUUAGAAUAAAAAAUGUAAUUAACUCAUUUAGACAAAGAGUUAAGAAAUAAAUUUACUAUAACUUAAUAAGAAUCUUAAUAAUUAUAGAAAGAGAAUUAAGAGUUUAGAGUUUUGAAUAAAGAAUUGGAUACACUUAAAUUUACUUAAGAAAGAUAAAUAAUAGAAUUAAGAAUUUAAAAGGAAGGAUUAGAAAAGUUGUUACAUGAUAAAGAAGAUUUUUUAAACAAUAAAUAAUAAUUAGUAGACAAUGAAAAAAAAUAGAAUGUAAUUUUAAUUUUAAAUAAUUAGGUUAUUUUAGAAGAAUAAGUAAAUAAUUAAAAAAAACAAAUAGAAAAACUUGAAUAGAGAAUUGCAGUAAUGAGUGAAGAAGUUAAUAAAGGAAAUUAAAUUAUAGAAAAGUUAGAAAAUGAAUUAAGCAAAUAAAAAGAAAAAAAUAAAUUAAAAAAUACUGUUGUUCUUUAAUAAGAAUAAACUGUAUAAUAGUUAUAAGAUGCAAAUGAUUUAAGCAAUAAAUAAAUUAAUGAAUGUAAUAUAUAAAUUUAUAAUUUAUAGUAAGGAGAGAAAAAGACAGUUUAGAAUUAAGAGUUAAAGACUAAGAAAAUACAAAUUUAGAUUUAAAAAAUAAAUUAGCAGAAAGUUAAAAAUUGCUUGAAUCAAAUAAUCAAAUGAUAUAAUAUUUAAAUAAAUGCUUGAAUGAAACUAAAGUUUAGGCACCAGCUUAAAUGCCAGGUUUUUCAACAUUAAAAAGUCAAACAUUUACAAAAUUUACAUCUCCAACACCUUUAUAAGAAGAUGUAUAAAAUUGAUAUUUAUUUUAUAGAGAAGUUUUAGGAAUUAAAGUGUAAAUUACUAACAGAAUCAAAAUAACAUAUCUUAGAUAUCAAAUGCAACAAUUCAAAACAAAUUUAAUUUCUGA